AAAGUUCAUUCAAGAUCUUGGUUAUGGAGAAAAAAGGGUAAUGCAAAGACAAUCAAAUGAUUGUCAUGACAAGAGAAAUCACGAGAGACGAUCAUGUGAUUGUUACGAUGAACAAGGGCGAACAAAAAAUUGGUUUUUUGUACAG